UCUUGUUUAGGUACUGUGUAUCUUUUGUUCUUUACACAUUUGUUUAUUGUUACUCAUAAUGUUGUCAUUUCUUCUAUCCUUUUCUCAAAUAUUUCUUGCAGUGAUUUUGAAGCUGUCUGAUCUGCCAUUGAAAGCUUUCAGGUCAUAAUCACAUAGGACAAAAACGAGAAUACAGUAGAUAUGGCUCAUGCAAGUGUGGCUUCUCUUAUGCGAACAAUAGAAUCGCUCGACAUCCAAUUUGCUGAUGCAAUAUCUAAUCUGUGAUCACAGAGAAGAACUUUGCGCUCUUCGUGAAAAAGUUAGUUCCCUGGAAGUAUUUCUCAAGAACUUUGAGAGAAAGAAUGUUUUUGGAGAAAUGACGGAUUUUGAAGUAGAGGUAAAAGAAGUUGCAAGUGCUGUUGAAUACACAAUUCAACUGAGACUAACAGAAACUGUUCAGGGAGAAAAUAAAAGCAUCAUAGGAAUCAUUGGCUCAAGACUUCAACAAUCAGCAAAGGACAUUGAUCAUGUCUGGAAAGAGUCAACAAAGGUUCAAGAUAAAGGCAAACAAGUAUCAAAGGAAUCAUUGGUUCAAGAUUUUUCAAGUUCAACAAACAAUAUUCUGAAUGUUAACAAUAAUAUGGUCAGACGUGAUGAUCAAAAGGAACGCUUGUUAGAAGUCUGACUACAAGCUACUCUGGUGAACCCAAAGUCAUUCCGAUUGUCGGGAUGGGAGGCAUAGCACAACAGAAAGGAAGCUAUGCUGGGCCUUCUGCGAUCGACGAUCAACAUGGAUGACCGGUUAAGACGAGAGGUGAAGCAGAGCUAGCAGACAUGCUGCAGAAAAGUUUAAAGAGAAAGAGGUACUUAAUUGUCUUGGAUGCUCUCUACAGUUGUGAAGUGUGGGAUGGCGUGAGACAAUGCUUUCCAACUGAAGACAAUGCAGGGAGUCGAAUAUUGUUGACUACACGAAUCAAUGAAGUAGCUUGUUAUGCUAGCACGGAGAAUCUUUCUUUGCAGAUGAACUUCAUGGAUCAAGAUGAGAGUUGGAACCUUUUUAGAAGUGUGGCAUUUUCAAAUGAAGCAUUGUCAUCUGAGUUUGAGACUAUUGGGAAGAAAAUUGCAGGGAAAUUUCACGGGUUAUCACUAACUAUUGUCGUGGUUGCUGGACUUCUCAAAUCUAAAAGGGCAAUAGAAGAUUGGGAAAGUGUUGCUAAAGAUGUGAAGUCAUUUGUCAUGAAUGAUCCUGAUGAACGACGUUCACGUGUGCUUGGGUUGAGUUACAAUCACUUGACUAGCGAUCUAAAAGCAUGUCUUCUGCAUUUCGGAAUAUUUCCAGAAGACAGUGAGAUACCAGUGAAGAAUUUGAAGAGAUCAUGGAUUGCUGAGGGGUUCCUAAAGUUGGAAAAUGAUUUGGAAGGAGAGGCUGAGAAGUGCUUGCAAGAGCUUGUCGAUAGAUGUCUAGUGCUCGUCUGCAAGAAAAGUCUAGAUGGAACAAAAAUUAGAUCAUGUAAGGUUCAUGAUCUAAUAUAUGACCUGUGCGUAAGAGAAAUUCAAAGGGAGAACAUUUUUAUAUUGAACGACAUUGUGCUUGACCAAUCAGAUUCAGUAUGGGGACCUCUCAGUAUGCAAAAAAUGCGGCCCUUUAAAUGGGUGACUGGUGAUGAAUUUCUUUACUGUCCCAAUGGUCUUUAUAGGGCACUUCUUACCCGUGUACAUCGUCAGUUGAGAGAUCAUGACAACAACGAUCUUUUGAAACGAACCCAUUCUAUUUUCUCUUUUCAUCUUAAGGAUUCAUUUUUUCCUCCAUUUCUGAAAUCAGAGCUUAUUCAUUUCAAAUUACUCAAAGUCUUGGAGUUGAGACACUUGGGGAUUGGUAAUUUCCCUGUACAGAUACUAAGCCUCAUCUGGUUGAGGUACCUAUCAUUGCUCUGCCAUGUGUGUUUAGACAUACCUCGAGAAAUUUGCAGGUUAUGGAAUCUGCAGACAUUCAUUGUUCAAGGGCUUAGUCCAUUAGUUAAAAUAACUGUUCCUGAGGAAAUUUGGGGACUAAUGCAAUUAAGGCAUCUCAAACUGCCAGCAUUUUAUUUGCCAGAUUGCCCAAGUGGAUCUGCUGACAAAGGAAGGCAUCCUAAACGGCCCAGAGUAUAUUUUUUGCCAGAUUGCCCAACAAAAUCUGCUGUCAAAGGAAGGCAUCUUCAACUGCCCAGAUUAUAUUUUCCAAAUUGCCCAAGUCGAUCUGUUGACAAGGGAAGGCACUUGGAUUUGUCAAACUUACAAACUAUUUCUUACUUGUCUCCACUUUGUUGCAAGAAGGAGGUUAUUAUGGGGAUUCAGAAUGUCAAAGAAUUAGGAAUCAGUGGAUAUGAGACUGAAAUUAAUAGUAUUCGGGACUCUGGGAUUCUCAAUAAUCUUGUCCAUCUGCAGCAACUUGAAACUUUGAGUUUUAUGUGGUGCUCUAAGCUGUUUCCAGAAAGUGCAAGAGCUUUUCCUGCAAUGCUCAAGAAGCUGAAGUUGGAAAGAACUUCGCUAAGUUGGUCGUACUUGGAUAUCAUUGCUGAAUUGCCUAACCUUGAGGUGCUCAAGCUGAUGGAUGAUGCUUGUGGUGGCAAAAAAUGGCAUCCAAUUGUUAGGGGAUUUAAUAAAUUGAAGUUUUUGCUAAUUGAAGGUAAUUAUAAUAAAUUGAAGUUUUUGCUAAUUGAAGGUAAUUAUCUCAAGUACUAGAAAGCCACAAACGACAAUUUUCCUGUCCUUGAGCGCCUCAUGAUUAGAAGUUGCCGAAACUUGAAAGAGAUACCCAUUGAGUUUGCAGAUAUACACACACUACAGCUGAUUGAGUUAAGAAAGUGUCCUCCCAAACUUGGGGAAUCUGCUGCACGAAUUCAGAAAGAACAAGAAGACCUCGGAAACAACCCUGUGGAUGUUUGUAUCUCUGAUCCAUAUGAUGACGAUGAUGAUGACGAUGAUGAUGAUGAAGAAGAAUAUGCAGAUGUGUCAGAUCAAAUGUGCCACAUCAGCUAAAAAGUCGGGAAGAGUUAUUCUGAUUCAGAAGAACAUUAGGAAAGGAGUUCAAGGCCAGAAGGAUUGAACUCUUAGAAUUUCAUUUCGGUUCCUCUGUCGCAAAUUACCACUAAAUUAUCAGUUUCAAGCGACGUGUGGCUUCCAAGGAUUUGUGGCACACAUUAAUUUUCUGUAAUGCAUAAAGCCUUGCCACGGCCUUUAGGUGAUGGUCUAUGAGACUUACAGGUUAUGUUGUACUAAUUCCCUUCUUCCCUUCUCUUUUUAUGUAACUUUACAAAUUCAACUUCAGUACUAGCAGACCACGUGGAUCGAGUUUGAUGAUUAUUUUAUAUGAUGAGACAACCUGUUAGUUUUGUGGUGUCUAGGAGUCUUUAUGUUAUUGUUCUGAUUCCAUUAUUUCUAGCCACAUCCCAACUUGAACUCUUAAUAAAUGCUCUUAUGACUUUGGUGAUGUACUUGAUUAUGGUUUCAGUUAUUGAUUUGGUUAUUACUUUGUGUUGUUAGUUUUAUUUUUUGAGUUAAUAGAAUUUGAAACUGGUAUUAUAUGUAGCAACACUGCUGAGUUCUUGAAACUCGCAGUUUUCUGGUAAAAACUGCACAAGGAACACGAGAGUAAAGAUAUGACUCAUGCAAGCAUGACUUCUCUGAACAGAACAACGGAAUUGGUCGUGACAUCCAAUUCGCCAGUGAAAUCUCUAAUUAGUGAACACAGAGAAGAAUUUCUCGCUUUUCAAGAAAAUGAUAGCUCCCUGGAAUUAUUUCUCAAGAACUCCCUGGAAUUAUUUCUCAAGAACUUUGAGAAAAGCAAUGUUUCUUGGGAAAUAUAGGGAAAGGGCUCAAAUAUGCCAUUGAACUAUCAAAAAUGGCUCAUUUAUGCGAUCAGUUACGAGUUUGGCUCAAUCGUGCCAUUGCCGUUACAAAAUCGGCUCAUUCAUGCCAUUACUUUUUAAUGGUGGCCUUUGUGCUAAAAAAACAUUUCUUGAUUCUGAGUCAACCAUAUCUUCUGCUGUGUAUGCUAUAUCAGUGAUUUCAGCUUCCAAACUUGUUGAUGCCUCGAGAUCAUCUGUUGCUUUCCAUGGUUUCUCCAGAAUAGCUCUCAAAGUUUCAAGCUUUUUGUAGAAUGGUUGGAAAUCACAUGCUGUCAAUUCCAUUGGUUGGUGUAUGGUUCUCUUAAGACAAGUAAUAGCAGCAUAAUCCAUAUCUCUUAAUUUCUCAAAAUCCUAAAAGUGUCCACUAAUCAGCUCAAGUUAGUUUUUUGUAUGAACUAAUCAACUCAAGUUGUAUGGCUUGUUUCACAAUCCCAUUCCCUUUAUCAUAACUGGCCCGGCCUCCUUACCGGUCUACGUGCUGUCUUGGGCCGCGCUGUAAACAGGCCAGCCCGGCUGUUAGACAAGUAUAGUUGCACUUAUUUCUGCAAGAUUUUCAUCAAAAGGUUUUCGAUUAUGCAUAAAGAUGCAUUUGAUAAAGAACACAAAGAACAAACUGAAGUUCCCACUUGACUUCUUUUGACUUUAUCAAAAGGAGAUUAGUGGUCAUUAUCACAUCCUAAAAGUGUCCACUGACCCAACUUGGCUGAUCUCUCAAAUAAACAAAUACAAAUACAAAGACCAAAGGUCUCUUUUUUCUUUUAAUUUUUCAAAAAGAUAGAUGGUUCACGGGGAAAAGGAGAGAUUUGUCAUCACCCGAGCAUGUUUAAUCAUCCAUUCACCUAACUUUUUAGGAUCAGCGGGAUAGGGAUCGAUUCCAUCUAUAUGGCGCCAUAGUUCUUAUCCGGUACCAAAUAAUUGAAAUCGCAAUUCCCUGUAUGAAUAAUUUUUUCCAGUGAAACGAACACUGAAUGAUUCAAAUUGAUGUGAAGACAUAUUCUUGAAUAGCUGCGAAAACUAGAAAUACUAUGACUGAAAAAAAAAACCGGAAUGACCGAGAUCAAAAGUCCUAGGAGUUAAGGACUGAUUGUCGACGAACUGUGCCAAUUUUUUGCUGAAUGAUUCUCAAUAUUGAGAGUCUUGUCGUUAAAUAGAAAGUAUUCAAAGAUUACAUCCCUAAAGAUCCGUCUUUCCUAUCCCUAAAGAUCAACUAUUCUAUCCCUCUAAAUCCGCAGCUAUUCUAUCACAAUAUUUAUUCUCUUUGGUUACCAAAUCAAAUAUCUAUAAUUACACUUAUAUACAACGAUACAUAGUUACAUUAAUUAUACAAUAUUCACUAUUCGUUCAUGAUCUGUGAGCUGUCCAUCAUGCUAACGAUGCUCUGGUAAAUAACAUCGUGAAAAGAGAAAUGACUUAGAUAUUACACCUUUCACACGAUUUUCCCAUCUGUUGUUAUAAUUUGGAGCUUAAGAGAAGAAAAAAGGAAGGUUUCAGCAGUAGCUUUUCAUUCAUUCAUCAUCAUAACAUUUUAAAAAAGACUCCACUUAUAAGCUACAUGAGUCUUACAAGACAUACCUCAUAGUAUCUUACAAGACACUUUCUCAAAAUAAGGACUACCAUUUAUUUUUUAAAAAAGCUAAACCUAUAAUAUUAAGAGAAACUAUUAAAUAAAAGACUAUCUUAGAAAAAUCUCAUAUUCUAACACUCCUCCUUGAGAUUUUUCUUGGAUACUCCCAACAUAGCCCUUAGAACUUCAAAUUUCCCCUUAGGAAGAGCCUUGGUCAAAAUGUCUACAAUCUGCUGAUCGGAGUGCAAUGAACAAGAUUAACUUUGCCAUCCUUCUCUACUUUCCUGAUAGUGUGAAACUUCACAUUUAUAUGCUUACUACGACCAUGUUGCACUGGAUUUUUGGCGAUAGAAAUUGCCGACUUAUUGUCAACCUUAUUGACAGUAGCUUCAAUUUGAUUUUGCUCUAGAUCACGUAGAAUUUUUCGUAACCAUAGAGCCUGAUUAGAUGCACUAGCAACAACAAUGUAUUCUGCCUCUGCAGAUGAUUGAGCUACCACAUCUUGCUUCCUUGAAUUCCAUGAGAGCAUGCCUGAACCAAGUAUAAAGGCAUAUCCAAAAGUGCUCUUCAUAUCAUCAACACUUCCAGCCCAACCACUAUCUGAAUGACCCAUCAAUUGCCCUUGCUCUUCCCUUUUAAACCAAAUACCAUAAUCAACAAUUCCCUUGAUAUACCUCAAUGUUCGUUUGGAAAUACGAAGAUGAGCUUAACUUGGAGAAUGCAUAAACCUUGACAAAAAACUUGUCGUGAACAUGAGAUCAGGUCUUGUUGCUGUCAGAUAUAGCAAACUGCCAAUUAAACUUCGGUAAACUGUUGGAUCAGCCCUAUCAUCUCCUUCAGACUUCGAGAUCUUUUCAUUGUGAACAAUUGGAGUUGACACAUGCUUACACUUCUCCAUCUUGAGUUUUUUAAGAACAUCCCAUGCAUAUUUUCUCUGAAAAUUCCAUCAAUAGCUUGAUGAAUCUCCAUUCCCAGAAAGUAAUUCAUUUCACCCAAGUAUGACAUCUCAAACUUGGUCUCCAUUUCUUACUUGAAUUGAUUCACCAUAGCUUCAUUGCUCCCGGUUACCAGAAGAUCAUAAACAUAGAGUGAUACCACUAGAACAUCUCCACCUUUAGCCUUUUUCACAUAUAAAGUGGCUUUAUUUUCACUUCUUUUGAAGCCGCAAUGAAUUAGAUGAUCAUCAAUCUUACUGUACCAUGCUCGAGGAGCCUGUUUUAAUCCAUACAACGCCUUAUGUAGUCUGUAAACUUUAUCUUCCAUUCCUCCAACUUGAAAGCCUUCCGGUUGGUCGACAUAAAUUUGUUCCUGCAAUGGUCCAUUUAAGAAUGCCGACUUCACAUCCAGAUGAUACAACUUCCAAUUUGAUUGAGCUGCCAAAGCAAAUAGAAGUCGUAUCGUAUCAUGUCUUACAACAGGUUCAAAUGUGUCUCCAUAAUCCAGACCUGCAACUUGCACAUAACCUUUCACAAUAAGCCUUGCUUUGUGUUUAUUAACUGAACCAUCUAGAUUAAUUUUGGUUCUAUAAACCCAUUUCCCCCCUAUUACAUUUCUGUCUUGGGCUUAUCAACCAGCUUUCAAGUGUCAUUCUUCUCUAUGAUACCAAUCUCCUCCUUCAUGGCUUCAAUUCAAACUUCAUGUUUUGAUGCUUCUUGAUAGGUAUUGGGUUCCAUGAUUGAAACAUUGCAUCUUUCAUAUAUCUCAGAAAGGACCUUGUCUUCAAAAUUGGCGAAUCAAGUGAGGAUUCACCAUCUGAUUCUUCAGCUUCUUCUAGAUUUUCAGAGCCAAAUGGUUGUAUUUCAGGCAACGGAUUCAAGUUCAAAUAAUCUGCAUUUUCUUUUUCAACUUGCUCCUUAUCCUAGUUCCAAUAAGCAUACUCAUCCACCACUACAUCAGUUCUGAUGGAAAUGCCUUUUGUUUGCAAGUUGAAAACUCUAUAACCUUUGGCUUGCAAUGAAUAACCAAUAAAGAUCCCCAAUUCACCUUUCGGUUCAAGCUUGCUUCUUCUCAUUGAAGGAACAUGAGAAUAGCAUAUCGAACCAAAGAUUUUUACGUGCUUGGCAGAUGCCCUUUUUCCACUCCAUACCUCAAUAGGAGUUUUACCAUCCAUAGCUUUGGUUGGAAGCCUAUUCAACAAAUAAACUGAAGUAGAAACAAGUUUUGCCCAAAAAUUUUGCGGUAGUUUCUUUUCAAGCACCAAAUAUCUAGCCAUUUCAACUACCGUCUCGUUUUUCCUCUCCGAGACUCUAUUUUGUUCUGGUGAAUAACUUACUGUCAGCUUGUGAUUAAUCCCUGCAUCUUUACAAUACUUGUUGAACUCAUUUGAAGUAUAUUCACCUCCAUUGUCUGACCUUAAAGCCUUCCGCUUGCAGCCACUCUGUCUUUCAGCGGAAGCUUUAAACUUCUUGAAAACUGAAAAUACUUGAGAUUUUUUACUGACAAAAUACACCUAAGUCAUCCUUGUGAAGUCAUCAAUGAAAAACUGAAAAUAUUUAUUUUGACCCAGGGAUGAUGUCUUCAUAGGUCCACAUACAGUGUGAAUAAGUUCAAGCUUUUCAGUUACCCUUCAUGAAGCACUUUUAGGAAAUGAUUUCCUGUGAACCUUUCCUAUCUGACAUGACCCACAUACUUCUUUAGAAACUGAGAUCUUAGGUAAAUCCUUAGUCAAGCCCUUCUCAUACAUAGAUUUUAAAGUAGCAUAGUUAAGAUUCCCAUAUCUUCUGUGCCAUAGCCAUGAAUCAUCCAAUUUUACAAAAAUUGGCACUAUCAAACUUUCCAUCUACUGGAAAGAUCCUAUCCACCAUUUCUACUUUGUCAAUCAAAGUAUCAUCAAUAUCAAAGAUCAAACAAUGCUUUCCCUUAAAAAGUAAGGAGUAGCCUUUAGAAAUCAUUUGGCCAACACUCAACAGGUUACAUGCUAAAGAAUAAACAUACAACACAUUAUGUAUAAGCUUUGUACCUUGUUUAGUUUGAAAGGAAAUUGAACCCUUUCCAUGUGCUUCUAAUGUUGCACCAUUUCCAUCCUAACUUUAGCUUUAAGUGACUUGUCAAGUGUGUGAAACAUAAGCUCAUUAUAUGUCAUGUGAGUCGUGGACCCACUAUCUAGGAACUAUUUGGAUUGGUUGAAUUUUUUUUCUUCAUGAGCAGACAUAAACAAGCUUUCUUCCUUUUCUGACUCUUCAGUGAAAUUUUCCUGCUGAACAUGUUGUUGUGGCUGAUUCUUCUUUGCCCUGAAUUCUUCUUAAUAUGACACAUUUUUCUACAAAAUCUGCACUGAAUUGAUGACUUUUCUUUGAACCAACAAUCCUUUUCUUGAUGAUUGGUUCUUUUACAGUGGAGGCAAGGUCGAAACUUUUCUUUCUGUGAAGAUUCAGUCCAUGACUUUUUCUUUGCCGCUUUAUCUCCUUCCAUUCUCCUAUUGUCCUUCACAGGUUGCUUGUCUUUGUGCUUUGCUUGAAAUGCCAUUUCUUCUACUUCUUCAUCUCUUAUACUUGUUCUUUGUUCUUGGGCUUGCAAUUUGCUAAUCAGCUCUGCGACAGACAAAGUCUUCAAAUCACAAGAUUCCUCUAUUGCUGAAAUAUUGGACUCAAACCUUGAUGGUAAGAUUAUCAUCAUCUUCUCCACCACCUUUGAAUCUGGAAAAGUUUCACCAAAUAAUCUUAUCUUUUUUACAAUUUUCAGAAGUUUGGCAGAGUACUCCUUCACGGUAUCUCCUUCUUUCAUCCUUAACAUCUCAAAUUCUUUUUUGAGAGUUAAGAGUUUGACAGAUUUCACUCUUUCACUUCCAUCAACUCCUCAUUUAGCUUCUCCCAUACUUCUUUGGGUGUUUCACAAGCCAUUAUUUUGGUGAAAAUCACAUCUAAAAGUGCUGAAUGAAGACAAGUAAGAGCCUUUGGUUUCUUGGACUUUGCAUCUUCAUAAUUCUUCAUUUGUGCAACAGUUGGAUUUGGUCCCAAUGGAGGGGGAUCAUUUUCACUUUCAACUGCUUCCCAUAGACUAAGAGCUUUAAGAUAAGCCUUCAUCUUUAUGACCCAUAUGUGAUAGUUUUAUCCUGUAAACGUAAGAGGACCUGCACCCAAGAAGCUGUUGGAUGCCAUGCUGCUGUUCAGAUUUCUUUUUUUUAGAAGAUCUGAAAAAAACUUAUCUUUAAGCCUUCACAGAUCCCUCAAGAAGAUCGGCUCUGAUACCACUGUUAUAAUUUGGAGCUUAAGAGUAGAAAAAAGGAAGGUUUGAGCAGUAGCUUUUCAUUCAUUCAUCAUCACAACAUUUUACAAAAGACUCCACUUAUAAGCUACACGAGUCUUACAAGACACACCUCAUAGUAUCUUACAAGACACACUUUCUCAAAAUAAGGACUACCAUUUAUUUUUAAAAAAAGCUAAACAUAUAAUAUUAAAAGAAGCUAUUAAAUAAAAGACUAUCUUAGAAAAAUCUCAUAGUCUAACAUCUGUGACUUCCUGUGUGAGGUUUUUAGUAAGUUGGUGCAAUUUCUCUAGUGCCGCUGGAGUUAGUCUUUCGUCCUUCGCAGGGUAGAUAGAAGACUCCAAGUAAAGCAAACAAUAUUAUAAAGUCAUAAAUUGUUACUUAUCUCAUAUAUUGAAUAAAAGCAACCACUCAAACUCAGUACUGAAAUUUAUGGAAAGAUGCUGCAACAGGACUCUGAAGGCAUCUUUUCACUCAUAUAUUGUAUUCAUGCGUCCUAUUUAUGAGAUAGGUAAGAACACGUGACCAUCAGUACUGUGCUGUUUAGUGGUAUUUCAAAGUUUUUGUAUAAUAGCUAAAGAAAUUUGCAGAUCAUAUAUAGAAUGAGAAGUUCUCAAUCUACUUUACUUGUUCAUACAAAUGUCCAAUACCUACUAACUGAAAUGCAUCUUCAAAAGAAUUUGUACACGCAAAAUAAUGAUGCUGACUGGUAAUCGGGGGAUAAAUAUCAAUGUUAAUAUCACCAGACGGCAUCUUUCUUGAUUCUGGGAGUGACAGUCGCCUGGGCUUCGCAGAAACUACUUCAGCGAACCCUUCUGAAGUCAAGUUCAAUGCACUGGUUCCUAAUUAUGAACUACAUGUAUUCUCAACUACAUACAUUGGGUGAUCAAACUUGCAACUUGAACCAAAUAUCAGAUCCCAUGUCUGCAAUAGUACAUACACAAUGGUUGUCCCUGCAAAACAAAUCCAACAAAAGAAAAGAAAUCUUUUCAGCUCGCCACAUUUCCACAUUACCAAAGAGGAUUUUGUAGAGAAAAGCCGGAAAGAAUAACUGAUCUUUCAGCCCAUUUGAACUUAUUUUUUCCCCUCUAUCUCUCCUGGUGUUCAAAAGGCACACUUCGUCAAGUGUCUGUCUGGUCACUAACUGAGUUUGAAUGUCUAUCUUACAAAACAUAUCAAAUUUAAGUGGCUAUACAGGUUUUUGAGCAUUCUUUAUUUUUGAAGAACACUCGUUCUCAUGGACUAAAACUCCAUCUUCUGUGUAGAAAAAUAAUGAAGGCACCUUCUUUGAACACUCGUUAUCCUAA